AUGGCUUCACCGGAAACCGUCAACCACCCCGCUCCAAUGAGCUAUGCAAACUCGCUAAUGCAGCCAUUGGGACGACUAUCGACUGCAAUGAUGGAAGAUUUUGUUCUUGGUGAAGAUGACUACAAAAUUACUGAGGGUAAGCUUGGACCCAAUAUUUCUUUUUCACAAAGAGUAGAAGAUAAGCUUGAUUUGGAUUGGUCAUGUGCUGUAAUUAUCAAAUUGAUGGGUCGACCUAAUACUGAGAAUGCUUAUGAUUUUAUGAAGAAAGCUUUAACCCGAAAAUGGACAUUGAGGGGACCUUGGCAAACUCUAGUGGUACAGAAAUGGCGCCCAGAUUUUGACCCUGUUGAGGAGAAGAUUAAUUGUAUGGCUAUCUGGACCAGAAUUAAUGGGUUGCCUGUGAAAUACUUCAAACAAUACACAAUGGAGAAGGUUGGUCAAAUGCUGGGUAAGGUUGUCAAGGUUGACCAACAUACCCUGGCUCAGGCAAGAGGUAAGUUCUGUCGAAUUUGUGUAGAAGUAAAUCUGAAUGAGCCAUUGAAACCCUUUGUUGAACUUGAUGACAAACCUUAUGGGGUUGUAUAUGAAGGCAUAUCCACCAUUUGCUUCAAUUGUGGUGUGUAUGGGCACGUCAAAGACCAUUGUCCGUAUGCGAAAGCUGCAGAAUCUGCUAAGCCAACUGUUAAUGAUGUUCUUAUGGUGUCUACUCGUCCAGAUACUAUUGAUGAACCUAUUACCAAACCAACUGAUGUUGGCCUCCAAUCAGCUGAUAAUGUGACAGUGAGUGAGGCUUCACAGAAGAAUAGCUACAUGGCACCUACCAAUACUGGAACUGAGACGAACAAGGCCAAAAUGGGUCCCUGGAUGAUUAUGAACUACAAGAACAGAAAAGGAAACAAUGCCAAUCAAAGGAAUUACAAAGAAAAGAUUGGUACUGGAUCUAGAUUUACACCUCUGCAGACUGAUGUCAAUGAAUCUGGAGAAGUCUCAAACAUGACACAAACUCCUACCAAACCUGGGAAUGGAAAUAAUGAUGCAACGAAUGAACCAAAGAUUGUGAAAUUUUGGAAACGAGUACAGGAGAAGUCUGAUAUGGCUCUGUCAAAUGAUCACACAUUGAAGAGUAAGACUACCAAGGAGGAUAAGAAAUUGAAAAGCAAUGCUACUAUGGAAGACAACAUUUCUAUUUCCGCUAGGAAAGAUGUUUCUAAUGCUCGUGUUCCUUUGUCAGAGAUUUCAAAUCAUAGAAGUGAGGUUAGUUUUGGUGCCUCUAUUUCUAAGAUAAAUGGUGCUAGAAAGGGAGGUAAGUUUGCUAUUUCUUCUUCUGCUAAUAACCUUGUCCGUUCCCCAAUAAUGAAAGGAGUGUUUAAAAGUGAAACUACAAAGAUUGGGUCUGGUUUCACUCUUGAAAGUCUCAAGAGUGGGACUUUCAUGUAG